AUGUCCUUGAACACCGCUGAAACCGACUCGGCACCAGCACAGGUAAAUGAAACAGUGCCACUUGAAGAUCUAGAAGCCUCCACUCAAGUGCAUGUAUGUCCAGACCCAGUCACUUCUCAAUGUGGCAAGCAAGUGAAGGAAGAUUCUGACGACACUGGAGAUUUUGAAGAUGACAAAAUUGAAGAAGACGAAAGUGAAGAAAAACCUCAGGAAGCAAAAGCGCAAGUCUCCCCAGAAACCAUAUGUGAUGUUACAGCAGUGCAGCAGGUGAUGGUCGGAACUCCCGCCGAACCUAUUGAUGAAAACCAGAGUUCGGGAAAGUACCAGCCAACGACAGGGCUUCACGAGGGUUACGAGGGUUAA